UUCAAUCUGCAGGGGAUCUUAUAUUUUAAAAUGGAAAGGAUAAAUUUAAAUUGUUUUGUUCUUUUAAUGAUUCUCGUAUUUCGUGCAACGUGGGGUAAAGAAAUGGCCACAGGAGGGGGUAAGAGUGACAAGGAGGUUUUGUUCGGUGGGGAGGACGAUGAUGUGUUUAACUUGCCCGAAGCAACGCAGAAAGAACUUCUUUUGAAACUCGUAAAAAAUAAAAUGGAUUUGAACAAAGACGAAUUUGUGGACCGAGAAGAACUGGUGCAGUGGUCGCAGAAGUCGUUAAAUCGUUUUGAAACCGAGGCUUCAAGGGAAGAGUUUUCAUCGGUCGAUGAAAAUGAGGAUGGAAAAGUCACUUGGGAGGAAUAUUCAUCAUUUUUAUACGGGGAGGAUUUUGCUAUUGAUCAUGAAGACUUUAAGAACCCACAGUCAGAUGAAUGGAGCGGCUUUGUGGAUCGCUAUAACAGGGAAAAAGUUAUGUUUGCUGCUGCUGAUGACAAUACUGAUCAUGGGCUUACUCUGGACGAGUAUAUUGAUUUUAAACAUCCCCAAUUUAACCCAAAGACCAAGAGGUUGCUGCUUAAUGAGACUUUAUCGAGAGUUGAUUUAAACAUGGACGGUGGGAUCAGUUUGGAGGAGUUUCUGGCGGAUUAUAAGAAAAAUAACAAAGAAAACGACCAAGACUGGAAGAUUGUUGAAACUGAUAAAUUUAAAGAGGAUUUAGAUUUAGAUAAAGAUGGUUUGCUUAAAGGGGAGGAGGUUGUUAUGAUGGUGGCUACCGAUAACUUUAAAGAGGCGGAAGAUGAAGCUGAUCAUCUUAUUGAGGAGACGGAUGAGGAUCAAGAUGGGAAGUUGAGUCCGGAUGAGAUUGUUAACAACCAUGAGUUGUGGGUGGAAAGCGAUGCAACUGAUUAUGGGAGGCAGCUGAUGUUAAACCAUGAUGAGUUAUAAGAUGGUUUAACACGGAUAGUAUGUAUCCUUAUGAAUGGAUCAUUUGCAUUGUAGAAAAGUUGGUUCCACUUUAAAAUCAAAUCACAACAAGCUUAAAUUAAAUUCUGUAACAUUGCCUCUACUUUAUCCUAACAACAAAGCUCUUACUCUACUUUCUAUAACUUUAAGUUAUAAAAAGUCAGAUCUUAAAAUCUUGAAAUGCAUCGAAAAGGUUUAUAAAAUAUUAUUAUGGACCAGAAAAAACAUAAGUUAACAUAAUAAUGCAAUGCUUGCAUUAUUCCAGGACUUUACUUUAUAGAUUGAAAUAUAAAUUACUUGUAUUAAGCUGUUGCCAUUGGAAAUUAUGUUUUUUUACAGUAUUUUUAUAAUUCUGCUUGUUGCAUUGCAAUUAUGUUCUUACAUCUAAAAAAAUAUUUUGCCUUUAAAAGUUGCCAACUUUUUUACUAUCUACUCAGAAACUAUUUAGCUGGAAAAUUUAAUCAUGCUACGUUUUAUUGAUAUUGAUUUGCCUUUGCUUUCUACCUGCAGUAGUUUUGCAGUUAAGGAAUGUUUUUGUUUCAACACAGGUGUUCUGUUACCACGUAUACUAUAGUAGGAUGGGGGAAGAUGGGACACCCCUUUUUUCCAAAAAUUCUAUUUUCUCGUACAUUUUGGUAGUAAACAAAGAACAUUUAAAGAAUUAUAAAACCUUGACCUCGCGACUUUCAUAGACCAUUGUUAUUUGUUUAAAACACGACCAGGAUAUUUAUAUAUUUCGUGCUAAAGGUGUCCCAUCUUCCCCCACCCCACUAUAUGUAACUUUGUGGGGAAUUUUGACUUUUUUAUCAAAUUUGUGUUGCACACUUUGUAUUGACUACUUAAGUUUGCCAAGCAUUUCAUGGAAACAAAUUUUACACUGUGCAACACUGCGGUUAUGUUGUUAACUGUUGUUUAAACUCAAAGAUUUUCGCAUAAAUGCUUUACAAUUCUGUUUAAAUAAAUAAAACAUCAUUUACAUAUUA